GAAGAUUGUGGAUAGAAUAGAUGACAACAAAGAUGGCUAUCUCACAACAGAGGAACUAAAAAACUGGAUUAAACGGGUACAGAAACGCUAUAUCUAUGAAAACGUGGCUAAAGUUUGGAAAGACUAUGAUCUAAACAAGGACAAUAAAAUUGCCUGGGAAGAAUACAAGCAAGCCACAUACGGUUAUUAUCUAGAAAAUCCUGAAGAAUUCGAAGAUGCAACCGAUCAGCACAAUUUUAAAAAAAUGCUGCCCAGAGAUGAAAGACGAUUCAAAACUGCAGAUCUGGAUGGAGACUUAGCAGCCACUCGUGAGGAAUUCACUGCUUUCCUUCACCCAGAGGAGUUUGAGCAUAUGAAAAACAUCGUUGUCUUAGAAACCUUAGAAGACAUAGACAAAAAUGGGGAUGGCUUUGUAGAUCAAGAUGAGUACAUUGCUGAUAUGUUUGCAAAUGAAGAGGGUGGACCAGAGCCUGACUGGGUGAUUACAGAGCGUGAACAGUUUUCGGAUUUUCGUGACCUCAACAAGGAUGGAAAGAUGGAUAAAGAGGAGAUUCAGCAUUGGAUUCUCCCACAAGACUAUGAUCAUGCACUAGCUGAAGCCAGGCACUUAGUCUAUGAAUCGGAUGUAGACAAGGAUCAAAAGCUAACAAAAGAGGAGGUUCUAGACAACUGGAAUAUGUUCGUUGGAAGUCAAGCUACUAAUUACGGGGAGGACCUGACAAGAAACCAUGAUGAACUAUGA